AUGACUACCUUUAGGUUUAACUUUUCUGGUGAAGAUAAUAAUAAAUUGGAAGAAACUAAAGAAAAUGAAUCCAUUGUAUGGCUGGAUAGCGAAGAAAUAGUUCCAGAUAAACAAAUUAAAAGUAUCGAUGAAACAGUUACUCGUGCUAAAAUGUUUGCCUGCGGGGAUGUCGAGAUUGGGCAUAUUGUAGUUAGCGAAGCGAAAGCUAGUAUUGAGGAGAGUGGAUUGAAAAAUGCCGUAGAAUUAGCUGAAAAAGAACACAGUGAUCUUAUUGCCGGGAAAUAUGAAGGUGGACUGAAAAUUUGGGAAUGCACUUAUGAUUUAAUUCAAUAUUUAGAAGAAAAUGAAACAGAAAUAAAGUUUGAGAAUCAAAAUGUUCUAGAUCUUGGAUGUGGUGCUGGAAUUUUAGGAAUUUAUGCAUUUUUAAGGGAUUCUAAUGUUACAUUUCAGGAUUAUAAUAAAGAAGUGCUGGAAUACUUUACUAUACCAAAUGUUUUACUGAACAUUGAAGAUGAAGAGAAUAGAGAAAAAGAAAUAAAAAGAUGUAAAUUCUAUUCAGGCGACUGGGAUUCCUUCAACAAGAUACUGCCUAGCUCUGAACUCUUUGACAUUAUCUUAACUUCAGAAACUAUCUACAAUGAAUGUAACUAUGAGAAACUAAUCACAUUGUUUAUGGAUAGAUUGAGCAAAGAUGGAGCAGCUUAUGUUGCGGCAAAAACAUACUACUUUGGUGUAGGUGGUGGCGUAAGACAAUUUGAGCAAAAGGUGCAACAAAAUGGCAAACUAAACUGCGAAGUUUGUUGGAAGAGCACAGGAGGAAUACAAAGGGAAAUAUUGAAAAUCACACAUAAAUAA